CGAGAGAUGAGAGGUGAGCAAAACCCAGACCGAGACCCAGACCGGCCAGCACAGGAUAAACACAGCGUGGCAGCGACCGUGUGUAAUUCCCCUGUGUGUUCCCCGGCGUGUGUGUGGACUGUGCUCCCUGGACGUGGAAGAUGACCGCAGACAAGGCCUAACUAGGUAAGCAGUAGGCAGAGGAUCAGUGCACAAUGGGGUCGGUUGAGCUGGACUCCAACACCCUAGAUGCGCUCUUGUGCGACCAGAGUUAUGUAGGGGGGUACCAGCCCUCCCAGGCAGACAACCAGGUGUGGCGGGCCCUUGGGGGACCCCCAGACCCAAAGGUGCACCCACACAUGGCCCGCUGGUAUGCCCAUAUGGCCAGCUUCAGUGGAGAGAGUCAGGCAUUCCCCCCAGCACCCCAUGCGGUGGUGUUCCAUGGCCCCAAGUCGCCUGCACAGGCCUCUAGAGUGGCCCCAGGGGGGGAGCAGAGUGGCAAACCUCAGGGUGCUAAGCCUCAGAAGACUCCCAGCAAGAAACAAGAUACGGAGGCUGCUAAGAAGGAGAAGAAGGAGAAGGGAGGUGGUGGUGGGGGUGGUGGUGCCAAGGAACUCAGUCCAUGGCCAGCCUACAUCCAGGAGCGCCUUGCCCUGUGGGACCGCCUCAAGAAGGAGUCUGAUGAGGCACUGGCCGCCAAGGUGCCACAGCCCAUACAGAUAACCCUUCCAGAUGGCACAGUGAAGGAAGGGGAGUCUUGGCGCACCACCCCCUUUGCCAUCGCCCAGGGCAUCUCACAGGGCCUGGCCGAGAACACUGUGGUGGCCAAAGUGAAUGGUGAUGUGUGGGACCUGGACCGGCCGCUGGAAGGUGACUGCAAACUGGAGCUCCUCAAGUUUGACAAUGCAGAGGCCAAGGCGGUAUUCUGGCACUCCUCAGCCCACAUACUUGGGGAGGCCAUGGAGCGUGUGUAUGGGGGCCACCUGUGCUAUGGCCCACCCAUAGAGGAAGGUUACUACUAUGAUAUGUGGACGGAUGGGGCUGGGGUGUCUGCCCUUGACUUCCCCGGCCUGGAAGACGUGAUGAAGAAGGUGACCAAGGAGAAGCAGCCCUUUGAACGCCUGGUGGUCAAGAAGGAGGACCUGUUGGAGAUGUUCAAGUAUAAUGAGUUCAAGGUGAGGAUCAUCAACGAGAAAGUGAAGACAGACACCACCACUGUGUACCGGUGUGGGCCCCUCAUUGACCUGUGCCGUGGUCCCCAUGUGAGGCACACUGGCAAGGUCAAGGCAUUCUGUGUGACCAAGAACUCUGCCUCAUAUUGGGAGGGCAAGAGUGAUGCAGAGUCUCUGCAGCGAGUGUAUGGCAUCAGCUUCCCCGACCCCAAGAUGUUGAAGGAGUGGAAGCAUUUCCAGGAGGAGGCAGCCAAGAGGGACCACCGCAAGAUUGGUGUGCAGCAGAAACUGUUCUUCUUCCACGAGCUGAGUCCCGGCAGCUGCUUCUUCUCCCCACGAGGCGCCUUCAUUUACAAUGCGCUGAUUCAGUUCAUCCGUGAGGAGUACCGCAAGCGAGGCUUCCAGGAGGUGGUGACACCCAAUGUGUACAACACCAAGCUGUGGCAGACCUCUGGUCACUGGCAGCACUAUGCUGAGAACAUGUUCAGCUUUGAGGUGGAGAAGGAGAAGUACGCCCUUAAGCCCAUGAACUGCCCCGGCCACUGCCUCAUGUUCGGCCACACUACCCGGUCUUGGCGGGAACUACCCCUGCGCAUGGCAGACUUUGGCGUGCUGCAUCGCAACGAGCUGUCUGGUGCACUGACAGGACUCACCCGCGUGCGUCGCUUCCAACAGGAUGACGCUCACAUCUUCUGUGCGCCAGAGAGCAUCCAGGCAGAGAUGAAGGGCUGCCUGGACUUCCUCUCGGCCAUCUACAAGACCUUCGGCUUUGAGUUCCAGUUGCGGCUGUCCACCAGGCCGGAGAAGUACCUAGGGGAUGUGGAGCUGUGGGACCAGGCCGAGGAGCAGCUGAAAGCUUCCCUGAACACCUUUGGUCAGCCAUGGGAACUGAACCCCGGGGACGGCGCCUUCUAUGGUCCAAAGAUUGACAUCACGGUGACAGAUGCGCUGCGUCGUCACCACCAGUGUGCCACCAUCCAGCUGGACUUCCAGUUGCCAGAGCGGUUUGACCUCAACUUUGUGUCCGAGAGCGGCGAGAAGCGGCGUCCGGUGAUCAUCCACCGUGCUAUCCUGGGCUCCGUGGAAAGGAUGAUUGCCAUCCUCACUGAGUCCUACGGCGGCAAGUGGCCCUUCUGGUUGUCCCCACGGCAGGCCAUGGUGGUGCCUGUUGCCCCGCCCUUCGACAGCUAUGCCACAGAGGUGCGGGACGUGCUUCACGCCGCGGGCCUGCAGGUGGACGUUGACACAGAUCCUGGUGAUACUCUGAACAAGAAGAUCCGCAACUCUCAGCUGGAGCAAUACAACUUCAUCCUGGUGGUGGGAGAGCGUGAGGCCACGUCCCGCACCCUCAACGUGCGCACCAGAGACAACAAAGUGCACGGCGAGCACCCGCUGAAUGACGUGGUGGAGAAGAUGUGCAAGCUUCGGGACACUCGUGCCAAGGACUGGGAGGACUCCUUCUAGGCUCCCUGCUGGCACACCCACACUGCCUUCACACAGGAACUGUCUUGGCUUGGCUUGGGGACACUGCCACUGUGCUCCUGUGGCCACAUCACCCAGGCUUUGCCCUGUCCAAUUUCUAUUUAUUUGUUUCCAUGUAUUUUUUUGCCACUAGCCAUGAAUUUUACCAAUUUUAGCAGGAUGCAGUAACACACCUGUCAGUGUUUCUUCCUGCUGCCCUGCCUGCUGGGAACAAUGAUAAUGAUAAAGAAUAAUAAUUAUUAUAACUAUUUAUGUAUGGGAUGCCUCAAUAACAACAAAUGUAUGUGAUGACACACUGACUGUCAUCACAGCUUGCCUCAUCAUCCCCAGGCUGGCCACACCUUCACCCUCCCCCUGACUCCCAGUCACAUGCAGGGCUGCUCAAUGCCCUGCCUCACAUGCUGGUCCAUUUUUAAUAUUCUUAUUGACUGUUUUCUCAUUUCAUGUUUGACUUUCUUACAUAGGGUUUUGUUCUUGUUUCUUACAAUAUUGUUAUUCUUUUAAUUUUCUUAUAUUAUUUUCUCUUCGUUUCCUGCUGUUAAUUCUUGGGGAAAAUUGACACCAUGCAAACAGUAUAAAUUCCUGAUGUGGCACACAGUAAGGCACCACUUGUACUUGAUUGGCAACUUCACGCAUUUUCCUGCUCCACAACCCUCACUCAUUGGCGCAUCUGUGACAGACUUUACCUGGUGACCGACUACUGCCCAACCUCGCCGUGUCUGGUCUGGCCUGAGGGUGUGGCGCCUGAGUGACUAAGUGACUGACUGACUGGCUUUCUGCGCCGCAAUGACAGGAUCAUAAGGCGUUGUUCGGGUCGUGACCUAUUUUGGGUGUGUCACAGUGCCACCGCCAGACGAAGCUCCCAGUAGAUUCCCAGCGCGCCGUGCAGGUCCCUGGGGUCGCGGCCUUGGCGGUGGUUCCUUCUCGUUGCACUGGUGUCGCGGGGUACGAUGUAACUGUAAUAAACUUGUUAUUUAUA